AUGGCUGCCAAAACUUUUGCUUCCCACCUCAGAGGCUGGUUCGCGGCCGUGCAGUUGCUGGAGAGGCAGAGCGCUGAGGCGCAAGAGAACUACUGGGGUUCUGCAGAAAAGUCUCUCUUGGAACAAUCUGGAGUCACUUUAACUGGAACAGAGACUAGGCAUUACACUAAUCAUGCCUUGUCUUAUGAUCAGUCAAAGCGGGUGCCCAGAUGGGUUCUUGAACAUAUAUCCAAAAGCAGGAUAAUGGGAGAUGCCAACAGAAAACAUUGUAAGUUCAAGCCUGAUCCCAACAUCCCACCAACGUUCAGUGCCUUCAAUGAAGAUUAUAUUGGGAGCGGGUGGUCACGAGGACACAUGGCUCCAGCAGGAAAUAACAAAUUUUCAUCUAAAGCCAUGGCUGAAACUUUUUACCUUUCUAAUAUUGUGCCUCAGAAUUUUGAUAAUAAUGCUGGAUAUUGGAACAGAAUAGAAAUGUACUGUCGAGAACUGACAGAGAGGUUUGAAGAUGUCUGGAUAGUAUCUGGACCGUUGACCUUCGUCACUGGAAGUGAUGGAAAGAAUACAGUUAGUUACCAGGUGAUUGGUGAGGACAAUGUGGCAGUCCCCUCGCACCUUUAUAAAGUGAUCCUGGCUCGCAGAAGCCCGGUGUCUGCUGAACCACUGGCACUAGGGGCCUUCGUGGUGCCCAAUGAAGCCAUUGGCUUCCAACCCCAGUUAAAUGAAUUCCAAGUGAGCCUUCAGGAUCUGGAAAAGUUGUCAGGACUGGUGUUUUUUCCUCAUUUGGAUAGAACUAGUGGUAUCAGGAAUAUCUGCUCUGUGGACACCUGUAAGCUCCUGGAUUUCCAGGAGUUCACUCUGUACCUGAGCACAAGGAAGACUGAGGGAGCCCGAUCAGUACUCAGGCUGGAAAAGAUCAUGGAACAUUUGAAGAACACAGGGAUUGAACCGGAUGAUUCCUUCAUGAGCCGCUAUAAGAAGAAGCUAGAAGAACUCCAAACUAAGGAGCAGGCAGGAAUCCUGGAGAGAAACUCAUCUUAG